UGAAGGGAGAGCUGAUAUCUGAGUUCUGAGAACAGUUUGUGCUGCUAAGGCAUCAUUCACCUAACAGAGCUUCAAUGCUGCUGAUUCUGCUCCUGCUCUUCAAGAAAAUUCUUUGUCAUGGGCCAAGCACAAUGGCUGCCCAAGUUCUAGGACCCCAUCAUCUAGCAGCAGAAGAGCCCCUCUCCUUUCGCAUACUCCAGAUCUUCUCCUUUGCCAACCACAGCUGGGCACAUACCGAAGUCUCAGGCUGGCUGGGCGAGUUGCAGACUCAUCGCUGGGACAGUGUUUUGGGCACCAUCCACUUUCUAUGGCCCUGGUCCCAGGGUAGUUUUAGCAAGGAAGAAUUGAAGAACCUGCAAUACCUAUUGCAGUUGUAUUUCCAUAGUUUCCCUCAGGAAGUGCAGGCAUUUUCCAGUGAGUUUCAGUUUGAAUAUCCCUUUGAGCUCCAGAUAGCAUUCGGCUGUAGAAUGCAUUCUGGGAAGGCUUCAGAAAGCUUCUUAAAUGGGGCAUACCAAGGAUCAGAUUUCCUAAGUUUCCAAGGAAAUUUCUGGAAACCAUCUCCAGGAGCAGGGAGCCAGGCUCAGAAAGUUUGUAAAGUGCUUAAUCACUACCAAGUUAUUAAAGAAAUUGUUCAGAGCCUUCUCGUUGAUACCUGCCCUCGAUAUCUAGCAGGCCUCCUUGAAGCAGGGAAGUCAGAACUGGAACGACAAGUGAAGCCAGAAGUGUGGGUGUCCAAGGGCUCUAGUCCUGGACCUGGACGUCUGCUACUGGUGUGCCAUGUCUCUGGCUUUCAUCCAAAACCUGUGUGGGCGAUGUGGAUGCGGGGUGAAAAGGAGCAGCUGGGCACUCAGCGAAGUGAACUCUUGCCCAAUGUUGACAGAACAUGGUAUCUUCGAGUAACCCUGAAUGUGGCAGCUGGAGAGGCAGCUGGUCUGACUUGCCGAGUGAAACACAGCAGCUUGGGAGGUCAUGAUAUAGUCAUUCACUGGGAUGGAUACCCCAUCCUCCUGAUAUGCGUCUGUUUGGCUGUAUUAGUUACCUUGGUUAUCUUGGUUUUGGUUAACUCAUGGUUUAAAAAGCAAAGCUCAAAUCAGAACAUCUGCUCUCCCCAUAUACCCAACCCUGCUUUUCCCACAGAAGCCAAUAUCCAAGAACCCAGGAGUUCAGGAAGUUUUCUCUGCUUGGCACAGAAAUCUUGGAUCAAAAAUGGAUUCUUAAAGAAAUCAAAGAUAAGCCUAAAUCAACUCAAAUGACAUUUCUUUCACUUUAUACAUAAGAUACUUGUCUACUUCUUGUUAAAUAUGGUUUAUACAAAUAAACAAAAUAUGAUUUUGUUAAAACAUCUUAUUCUGGCAGAGGUUCUGACUCAUUUGGAAACCUGUCUCCCUCCCCCAUCUUGUGACAAUCUGUUUUCUGCUUUUGACACAUGUUCAUUUAUCCUUCAAACUCAAACUCAGAGGCCUAUUUCUCAUGAAAUCUUCUCUGGAUUACUUAAUUGAAAUCUCAAGACAAGUACCAUAUGAUUCCACUUAUAUGUGAAAUCUAAUAAACAAAAUAAACUAACAAAAUAGAAACAGAUUUAUAAAUACAAA